CGAAGCUCUUCAGCACAUGAACAGUUUAUUAACCUCUUCCUCUUCUUAUUUCUUUACCUGUCAUUUUGUCAUUUAUCUCACGACAGAGACACAUAAUUUGAAAUCGAUGGAUGGUGGCGCCGUGAUAGGAGGAGCGGAGGAGGGCGGGAAGAAGGCUGAGAUCGACACGAGUGCCCCGUUCCGUUCAGUUCAGGAGGCUGUGCUGUUGUUCGGGGAGAGAAUUUUGGGUGGCCAAGUCUAUGCUAACAAGCUCAAAGAGAUGCAUGAUCAUGGAACCAGCAGCGUCGACAAAUAUGUGCAUCAACCAAUUAGUAAUAAUACUUGUACAACGCAGCUUGGAAACAUAACGGCAGAGCUAGAGGAAACCAAACAAAUUCUCCAAAAGGCUAAAGAAGAAAGCCUGGUUAUGGCCACUUGUCUAACUUCUUUGCAGGAAGAGCUUGAGAAGACCAAACAAGAGCUCCAAAACCUUAAGAAACAAAAAGAACAUUAUUCAUCUUCAGAUCAUCACAUGAGACAUCAACAACAUAUGAUGAUGAUGGAGUACUCCACCGCAUUGGACUAUUUGGAAAUUGAAGAUGUCAAAUUCGUCGAAGACUAUCAUUCCAAAGAAGAAGACCAGUUGAUAUUUUCGUCGAGUACUAAUAUUAGUGAACCAAAAGUGGAGUUCCAAAAGAAACGGUACGUAACGUUUGCAGAACCACCGUGUUUGGAGCAUCAAGUUACUACUGUGCCGCCGCCGACGCCGAGUGAUGUUGAUACUGUGUUACUACAGAGGCAUCCUUCUCUUAGAAAGAGUAAAAAGAAGACAUUAAUUCCUCUGUUUAAGGGCAUUUUCAGGAAAAGAGGUAGCUCUGGAGUUGGACCCGCGGGAGCCUAAUGAACCCUUUUUAUUUUAAUUUUUUAAGUAAGAUGAGUAGUGUGAGUACUAUGUGAAAUCCAUAUUUUCCUUUUUGUGAGAACAUUUAUAAUUAAUUAAAAAAUGAAUAAGUUGGGCGCGAGUACUGCCUUUUUCUUUCUUUUCUCUAAUGAUGUAUAAUUUGUACUAAAUAUAUAUCACAUUGUUACUUGAACCAUUGUUUGGAAUUUUUGGAAUUAUUAUAUAUAUAGUCAUAAGACAUGGAAUUACUUUUCACCUUUUCA